AUGGAUGACUUCUACGUUAUUUCACAGUUGGCUGUCCGACGUUCACCGCAAAAUAUUUACUGGAAUGUCUUGUCUUUGAUCGAAGAUGAGCAACGUAUCACAAAAGCUGAGGCGGACGUUCCCAUGGCUAUGCAUCUGGUCAAGAAAGCUUGGGUGUCUGUGCACCCGAAUGUAACAAUCAAUGCCUUAAUGAAAGCUGGAUUCAAAUCCACAUUGAUUCAUCCGGUGAUGUAG